UGUGACAUGACAGUUACAAUUGAUUUGUUUUGUGUAUAAACCUUUGGAUUUCUAUGCCGCUUAAAAACAAUGUGAUUUAAUGAAAAUUAUUAAUUUGUGCAAAGGAUUUAAGUUAUUUCUUCUACUAAACUAAAAAUGACGGACGAACGGAAUUUUCGUUCGGCCUAUUAUGAAAAAGUGGGCUGUCGCGGUGUCGAAGAAAAGAAAUCAUUAGAGAUAUUAAUGAAGGAAAAACCUUGGGAUAAAGUAAAAUUGAAGCAAUUUUGCUUACGAUUUAUGGUGCCUGCUUCUUAUAGGAACUUAGUGUGGAAAGUACUACUAGAUAUAAUUCCAGUGUAUGCAGACUCACAUCAAUUUGUGAUGGAACAGAGGAAGCAACAGUAUGGAGACCUGCUGUACGCUGUGGACAUGCUGGAACUGGUGGACAUGUCUGCACCGAGAACGGAAAUACUCCUAGCUAUGUGGUUACUUGAAAAUGAAGAGAGAAAACCACCUUUAUUCCCUGAAACUAACUUUAAUUCAGCAGAUACUUUCCUUCCCAUUGCGAAGACAUUAAUAGAACUGUACGAUAAUGAGGUGGAUGUCUACUGGCUGUGUAAGAGUUUAACCGAGAUUGUGCGCAACAUGCAGAAAGAUAUUCCCAAACUGAAGGAGGCAUUUCAAAGUAUGCUGGAAAAAGAAGAUGUGGAACUUUUUAACCAUCUUGUAGAUAUCAAUGCGUUGGAUGUUCUGCCUCUAACAAAAUGGUUUAACUCCUGUUUUGCUGGUGUUCUUGAUGUCACUUCACUGCCAAAGAUUUGGGACAAGGUGUGCAGCGGUGCACCCAAGAUCCUCUCCGUUGUUGCUGUGAUGCUGGUCAUUACGUUACGGAGGAAUAUAUUGAAGGCUCAAAAUGGAGAUGAAGUUCUGAAAUGUGUGUCAGAGAUACCGGAGCAAUGUGAGGAGGUGGUCGCUAACAAGGCUUUAGAGCUCUGGCAGUAUGGUGCUCAGCCACAAAAUGAUCAGCUCGCCAAGAAAUGAUGUAUGACCUUCUAAUGGGCCCGCCCCAUUAGAAGUAAAAAGUUUUUAACAUGCAGCCAAGAGGAAGAACCUUGAUUUGACAUAAUAUAGCGAGACAAACUUAUCUGACCCAACGGGCAUAAGUCAAACUAAAUUAUGAUAGCACACUAGCGCCCUCCUGUCAAUCUCAUAAAUUGUCACAAAAUCCUUUUCGUAUUGUAGCUGUCAUGUCAUGUUUUUUAUUUAAUGUAAUUUUGUAUGUCCAUGUAGGUUUUACAUAUUUUCUGACAGAACUAACGCCUCUUUCACCGGGCCAGAUAUCUUUGAAUAAAACUAACAUUAGCACACUAGCGCCCUACUGUCAAUGUCAAAAAUGUCAAGAUUAAUACUAUAGCUGCUUGUCAUGUUUUGUUAUG